GAAAUCCAAUAUGGCCGACGAAAAAAUCGUUUUUGUGACGGUAGGGACAACAAGUUUCGAUCGUCUUGUUGAAACUUUAACAAGCAAGCCUGUUUUGAACGUGCUCGAACGUUUAGGGUACACUAAGCUAGUAGUUCAAAUAGGAAGAGGGAAGUUCCAACCAGAAUCUUUCGAGAAAAAGGGCUUUGCUUUGGAAUUUUAUCGUUACAAAGAGUCGCUGAGAGAUGACAUGAGUAAAGCAUCGUUAAUUAUUAGCCACGCAGGUAUUAAUGAUCAUAAAAAGUGUUUACAUAUAGAUAGGCUACACCUGGUCAUUCUGACAGAUAGGUACAAUCAUUUUUAUACUAAAACUGUCUGCACCAGUGUUGGUAGUACCAAUGUGAAAAUGCUGUGCUGAGUGGUUAUAUUACUACCUUAAAAAAUAAGCAGAAACUCGACGUUUCGAGCGAAGGCCCUUCGUCAAGAGUUAGUAGUGUCUACUAACUCUUGACGAAGGGCCUUCGCUCGAAACGUUGAGUUUCUGCUUAUUUUUUACGAAGUGACUAUAUGACCGGCAGCCGGUCACGGUUUAUCAAAUACUAAAUGGCCGGCAGUCUAGUGACUAUUGUUAAAGUUGAAUUUUUAUAAGAUAAACCUAUCCCCAACCCCAAACCCUUUUGUAACCCUAACCCUAACCUUUUGAGAGUUAGAAAAGCCGGAAAAAAGGUUUAAAAAAUUAUAAGAAAAAACAAUGCUAAGUCAGACAAAACACAUCCCGACCCCGACUUCGUUUAACUUUUCGCACACAGCGCCCUUGCCGUAUGAGCUAAUGGCAAGCUCGGUAAAAGUCAACACAAACAAAAGUCUUUAUAUUCAACUAUAGUCACUAGAAUGCCGGCCAUUUAGUAUUUUUUAAGGUAGUAAUAUAACCACUCAGCACAACAAUCAUUUUUGGCUGUGACAAAAAUCGCCCUGCCAACGAUGUCAUUUUUAUAUCAAACAAAACGGGAUAUUUUGGAAAAGUGGAACGUGUUGAAAAAGUGGAAUAUGUUGAAAAAGUGGAACAUGUUGAAAAAGUGGAAUAUGUUGAAAAAGUGGAAUAUGUUGAAAUUGUGGCAGGGCCGUUGCGAAGGGGUAUGGAUUGGGGGGGGGUGUCGAAGGUCAAAUUGCCGAGUGACGCUAGUUGAAUUUGCCGAGUUUUUCAAACGUUUCUAAAGUUUAGAUAUAGGUAAUGAGAACCAUAUUGGUGUGCUAGUAAUAAGGGACACCAAUAUGGCUCUUGUUUUGAAAUGGACGCUUGUUCGUGGGUUGUUGCUACAAAGCAAUCAGGUUUCUUUGUAUAUAAAAUAUGACAUUCUAAGAACAAACAUAUAUAAGGUCACACAAUCGUCAAUCGAAGCACACAAUUUCAAAAUAACUGAAACCACAGCUCAAUAUGAACCUACCCUAAUAACGGCACACUAUUUUAUUUUCGUGCGUUUGUUUUCAAAUAGGAGGACUAUUAUUUUAAUUUAUUUAUAUUAAACAUAUAAAGCUGAAACAAAAUUAACGUAGCGGUUUAUAUUGUAUUUUAAAUAAAUCCUAAAUCGAGACUGACGGCCCGUAUUCUAUAAAAGCUCACUCACACUCACACUCAAUGAGUGGAAGUUCAAUAUGAGCUUCUCUUGAGUGUCAAUGCUGUUUUUGAAUAGCUGGAGGGUGAGUAGUCACAUAGUAAGGUAUGACACUGGCCCUCUAGCUAUUCAAAAACAGCAAUGGGACUCGAGAGAAGCUCAGAUUGAACCUCCACUCAUUGACUGUGAGUGUGAGUGAGCUUUUGGAAUACGGACGUAUGUCUAUGUGCAUGCACACGGUAACGGUUUUGAGCGUUUUUGCAGUGGGGAUUUCAAAUUUAGCUAGCGUUUAGGCGCUGUUCACACGAUAACAAAGUGCCAAAAGGACCAAACGUUUCAGACAUAGAAAACGAAUCUUUAGCAUCGUUUCCACUAUUUGAAACGUUUUGGCUUCCGGACGUCGUUUUCAUACGUCUUCGUGUAAACAGAACGUGAAAAUGGUACUUUCAGUUUCAGAAAGUAUUACAACCAAAAAGGCAAAAACGCUCGGAAACGUUACCGUGUGUGCAUAGUUUGAGUAACGAGUGUCUUAGACUGUGGUGCAGACGCGCAUCUCCGCAAAGUUAUCCGAGUAUCUGCAUGUGAUUGCAUGCAUUGAUAUUUUGUUUCAAUUUUUUUCAUGGCAAUUUGAUGGAUUUGACCUUUUCUAUCCCCCAGGCGCCGAAUAGACAAUUUAUAAUUUUUUUGUAUUUCGAGCAGUCUUAAAACACUCUUAGUGGUGGAUAGUGGGCUUUUGUACGACCCGAUUUUCCAAGCGUUUAAAUUUUAUGCGUCAGAAAACAAGUAAAACGGAUAUACAACCGAUGAUACCGAUCGCUGUAUAUGCGGUAUGUCUUUCAAAACUGUAGGCUGAUCAGAGUUAACAGUAAUUUUGCUAAAGAACUAAAGAAGACAAGUCCGUUCUUACGACAUGGUUCGUCUUUCUCUAAUUCUCUUGGUCUUCUUCUCUUGUGCUCGUGGAGUCUUCUUGAGCAUAUUGCGCCUCUGACGACUCAAAAAUCAAAAUACUCUCUUUGGCUUUGACUGCGCUUUGCAGCCUCAAACGGAUUAACCGUACCCGUCUUUGUGUGCUACUCGCACAGUCGCACUCGCUUUCCCUUAUGGCAAGUUUGAUCGUGCCGCUUGCGGCAAUCGUCGUCAAAAAUCGAAUUAGAUUCAAGACACUGAAGUUUUAUUCUGUUUUAUUUGUGUUUUGAACAGCGCAUAAUUGAUAAAGAGCCAUUGCUAUAAGAGUAAUGGAGCGAAGAACAUGCCCGAGGAUUAGGAACUGUUGAUGUGUUAGUCGGAAAACAUGGGUUUCACAUUUCAGCCUCCCGUCGAUUUUCAACAAAUAAAAGACUAAUACUAUUACAUUACUAGAUAUACAUUUAGAUGGUUUUGGCAUAAGGCCACACAAACCAUUAUUUUAAAUCCAAAAUUUAUCGCUUUAACCAACGCCUUCGUUCUCAACUUUUACAAUUUGCUAAAUGCCGAUUUCGCGAUUUGCCGAACCGUAGCGAAGCAAUUUGCCGACUGGGCCGACUUGCGAAAAUUAUUGGGGGGGGUGAAGCACCCCCCCACACCCCCCCGCUCGCGACGGCCCUGAAUUGUGGAAUAUGUUGAAAAAGUGUAAAAUAACAAUUACUAGAGUGCAUUGAUAUCAAAGGAACUAGACUCGAGAUCUGUUCCGAAAUAUCACAUACUCGAAUCGACCUGACCGCGUAGCUCAGUUGGAGGAGCAUUGGGCACUAGUAUUCCAAAGGUUGUAGGUUCGAUUCCCACCAUGGCCAGGCAUAUUUUUCAAGCUUGCCCGUUGUGGAUACACACUCAAGAGUAACAUCAGAGACAUUAUAUUCACCUGAGUACAUAACACCAACACAGAAAAAAUUAUAUUACAGAUCUAAGAGUUCUUAACUACAAAAGUUAAAAUCCAUUGGCAAUGGACCUUUCACCUUUUGACUAAAAUUUAGAUUUCAACAAGUCUAGACAAAAAUUUUAUCACACCUUGAAAGAGCAUCACAAAAUUAGUAAUAUUCCAAAGUUUCGUUGCGAAAUGUUGUAAAAUGCGGAUAAUAUAGCCUUGCGAAGUUUGCCAUUUUCAGUCAUUUUGUAUUACAAACGGGAAAUACAUACCCUUUUUCCGAAGGAGGUAUGUAUUUCCCGCGCGUAAUACAAAUUGACUGAAAAUGGCAAACUUCGCAAGGCUAUAUUAUCCGCAUUUUACAACAUUUCGCAACGAAACUUUGGAAUAUUACUAAUUUUGUGAUGCUCUUUCAAGGUGUGAUAAAAUUUUUGUCUAGACUUGUUGAGAUCUAAAUUUUAGUCAAAAGGUGAAAGGUCCAUUAAAGUUAAAAUCCAUUAUAAAUAGUUAACACAACUCGUAUUAACUAUUUAUAAUAAAUAUCAAGAUUUUUUGCUCAUCUCACUCAAUAGAACUAAUUUUGAAUGGUUUUUGUAGAUGGAAAUUUUUGAGUGGAAGAUUAUUACCUUUUUUUCAGUAGCAGAGCUCUGUGAAAAGGCACCUCAGACCUGCAGGCCUGGUUAGGCCUGAAAAGUGUAUAUCAAGCCUGCAGCCCUGGUUAGGCCUGAAAAGUGUAUAUAAUCUCAGCUGAAAAUUUCCCUAUACAAACACCCUUCAACUAUUUAUAAUAAAAAACUGACCAAUGUUUUAUAUUAUCUGUCUUUUCCAAGGUGCUGGCUGUAUAACAGAAUCGCUUUUGCUGCACAAACAACUGAUUGUAGUUGUGAAUGAAAAACUCAUGGACAACCAUCAAUUUGAACUUGCAAAACAGUUAGCGAUGGACGAACAUUUGGUGUAUUGCAUUUGUGAUGACUUGAAAGAUGUCCUUGAACAGAAAGACCUUUCGUCUCUGAAGAGAUUUUUGCCUGGACAGCCUAAACUAUUUGGAAAAUUUCUUGAUGAUUUUUUGGGCGUAAAAAGUGCAGAAUAAUAUUUACUAGAAAUGUAUGUGCCCUUGUCAAGUCAUAGGCGUACAAGUGAAAAAAUCAAUGUUGGGCAAAAAUGUCGAUGGAAAUUGCCUGACAUUUAAAGAGGUCAUCUCAAAAUUUCGACACCCUUCCCUAUAACUUCAUUCCCUUUGGGAGUUUAGAAUGCAUUGUAAUCGUACAAGCAUCUUAAAACUGCAUAACUAAAUUGUACAUGGAAAUUCUAAUUGAAUGUUAAGAACCUUUUCUAACAUGUCAGCAAUAUAUACCACUGUAGACUUUCGCUGGUAACACCAAUAUGGCUAUCAUUGACUUUGCUGCACUAUCCAGUUCUAGAAGAAAGAACUACGUACUGAUAACUGAUUGUGGGGCAGAUUGGUGAAAAUUAUAAAACAAUUUUAUUGUGCAUUUAAAAAAACCGUACUACCCGCUAUGUUCUUCACAUAGUGUUUUUUGCGAUCUCUCUGACGAUAUGGGUGAUAUUUUUUUAUAAGAGUACUUUAAUAGGUAAAUGGUAAGAAAAACAAAAUGUUGUGGCAACCAGGAGCUAAUCCUUGUAAUGGCCCUAUAACAAAAAAUAUGAACAGAAACAAUUAAGUGGUUAAUUUCAAGAUCUUGGGAUAUCGUGAAUCGAAAUCAUAAAAACAAUGCAUAUGUGUACAUGUUAUGUCAACCUACUACAAAUAUAUGUCAUAUGCAGACACAUUUGAAUCAAUUACAAGAGGCAAUUUUUUUCAAUGUCACGUAUAUGCAAUGAAAAGUGUUCAAAACCUAAAAUCUUUUUGGCGUUCCUCUCAAAAUGACUUUGUUUUAGCUUUAUUCUCUAGUUUAUAGAGUUAGCUACCUUUUUAAAUGCAUCUGCCGGUUGAGAAACAUAAAAUAAUAGACGUUAAAAAUUGUCAAUUAAAAUACAAAUAUCAGUGAUGCUUUAAAAUUGACGCCAUAUUUACAGCUAUAUAAGCAAAACUUACUUCGGACAUCAUUUUCUCUUUGGUGUAUCAUCUAAAAUCUCUUCAUUUUGGCAUUAUUUUACAGAUAAAGCACUAAACAUACUUUUUAAGUUUGUUUGCCGAUUGAGAAACGUAUCGAAAAAUAAAAUUUUUGAAUGUAGUCAUAACCUCAAG